GCCGCCGCCGGUGCCGCUCCCGCCCGUGCCGCUCCCGGAGCCGCUCCCGGUGCCGCCGUCACCAUGAUCUCCCUGUCCGACACGCAGAAGAUUGGAAUGGGACUAACAGGCUUUGGAGUGUUUUUCCUCUUCUUUGGAAUGAUACUCUUCUUUGACAAAGCUCUUUUGGCUAUUGGAAAUGUUUUAUUUGUGGCUGGCUUGUCUUUUGUUAUCGGUUUAGAAAGAACAUUCAGAUUCUUCUUUCAAAAACACAAAAUGAAAGCAACGGGCUUCUUCCUGGGUGGUGUGCUCAUAGUUCUCAUUGGCUGGCCUUUAGUAGGAAUGAUCCUGGAAAUUUAUGGGUUCUUCCUAUUGUUCAGGGGGUUCUUUCCUGUGGUGGUUGGCUUUAUUAGAAGAGUUCCAGUUCUUGGGUAUCUCUUGAAUUUACCUGGUAUAAGCUCGCCUACGUAGGCUCAGAAGAGAAUCCACAGUAAUGCUUGUAGAUAAAGUUGGAGAAAGCAACAACAUGGUAUAAUGACGAGAGGGUGGAAGACUGAUCUAAACUUUUACUGUAUUAUUUAUAAAAUCCCUUUGAAGAAUACUCAGCACAAAGAUUAAGUUGUGUACAAAGGAAAAAGCUUGUUACAUUCUUUACAUAACAGUUUAAUUUAAAAUGUAUAGUCAACAGUAUACUUUAGAAAAGAAGCUCAGCAAGUGUGCUUCUAGAAAAGUAACUCCAGAGUUCGAGAAGUAAACUGAAGAGGGGAAGUCAUGGAAUAACCCCUGUUACAACUGUUCAAGACUAUUUUUGUUGGUUUUGGAAAACAUGCUAGAGGCAAUGAACCCUUGUGGAAUUAACGGUGCCUGUUCUUUACCUCCUUAUUUUGAAGGUGCAGUAGAGCAAACAGGCCUACAUUUUUAAGGGUGACCCAAACUUACCCAACCCUCUGCUUGCUAUCCUCAGAGUGCAAAAAAAUCAAACAGGAAACUUCUUGUGUAACAAGAGAUGCGUCUUUGCAUGAAGGUUAAGAUGACUAUUCAUCUACAAGUGUAUUAUGACAAUAAAAAGGAAACCCUACACAGUUCUGUUGUAAACAUUUUUGUAAAUAGGUGGCUGAAAUACAGCAUUGUUAUCUUAAUGUUUCAAAGCCAAACGUUAGUUGAUU